CAUAUUUAUUUACAAAUCAUUUCCGGGUUCAUUCGUACACGUUUAAAUUAGUUUACUACCAUAUUUUUCCUAUUUAAACCUGUUUUUAUUUGACUCUGCAGAUUCAAACAUACUAGAUUUAAAAUGGCUUCAAUAGAAGACCUGCAGAAAAGAAUAAGAGAGUUGGAGAAGGAAUUAGAAGCAGAAAAACAGCUAAAUAAAUCUGGUGGGCGACAGAAAAUUUCACAAAUGAGCUCAGAAGUAGUAGAUUCUAACCCAUACAGUCGUUUAAUGGCAUUAAAGAGAAUGGGUAUUGUUGACAACUACGAGAAAAUUCGGGAGUAUACAGUAGCUGUUGUUGGUGUGGGUGGGGUAGGAAGUGUGACAGCGGAAAUGUUGACGAGGUGUGGUAUAGGAAAGUUACUACUAUUUGAUUACGACAAAGUAGAGUUAGCCAACAUGAACCGUUUAUUCUACCAGCCACAUCAGGCAGGACUUAGUAAAGUAGAAGCUGCAGAAAAAACAUUAAAGGAGAUUAAUCCUGAUGUAGAGUUUGAAAUUUACAACUACAAUAUUACAACUAUAGAUAACUUUACACAUUUUGUUGACAGAAUCACUAAAGGUGGUCUAAAGGAAGGUGAACAUGUGGACUUGGUGCUGAGUUGUGUAGACAAUUUUGAAGCAAGAAUGGCCAUCAAUGCUGCUUGUAAUGAAGUAGGACAGACAUGGAUCGAGUCUGGAGUCAGUGAGAAUGCAGUAUCUGGUCAUAUACAGUUUGUGAUACCUGGAGAAACGGCCUGUUUUGCUUGUGCUCCACCAUUGGUUGUAGCAACCAAGACAGAUGAGAAGACUUUGAAGAGAGAAGGUGUGUGUGCUGCUAGUCUUCCCACCACAAUGGCAGUUGUUGCUGGAUUCCUUGUACAGAACACUCUAAAAUAUUUACUAAAAUUUGGAGAUGUAACACACUAUUUAGGCUACAAUGCAUUACAAGAUUUCUUUCCUACAAUGUCAAUGAAACCGAACGAGCAGUGUGAUGACAACCAUUGUAAGAGACAACAGGCUGAAUACAAGGAAAGAGAGGCAGCAAAACCAAAAGUUGUGGUAGAAGAAACAAAAGAAGAGGUAGUUGUACACGAGGACAAUCCAUUUGAAAUUGAGCUGGUAUCGGAGACAACUUUGGAAGAAUCUCAAGCAUCAGAAGGGGCACAACCUCAGCUGGCUGAAGGUCUAAAGGUCGCAUACACGGUACCAGCACCGGAACAAGGGGACCAGGCAAACAAUACGGUGGAGAGUGAGGGACAGAGUUUAGAGGAUCUAAUGAAUCAGAUGAAAUCUUUAUGAUACCUUGCCUGACUUUUUAGCACUUUAGGUUCAAUAAAAUAUUCUAACUCCCUCCAUUUUGGAACAGCCUGUGAAGUUAAUAUAUUUUGCUACAGCAGUAAAGACAAAGGGGAAUAAAUCAUGAAAUAAGAGCAUUAUGGUUGAA